ACUGGAUUGAAACUGUCUCAGGACCUUGAUGAUCUUGCCAUUCUCUACCUGGCCACAGUUCAAGCCAUUGCUCUUGGCACCCGCUUCAUUAUAGAGGCUAUGGAGGCAGCAGGGCACUCUAUCAGCACUCUUUUCUUGUGUGGAGGCCUGAGCAAGAAUCCCCUUUUUGUGCAAAUGCAUGCUGACGUUACUGGCAUGCCUGUGGUCCUGUCGCAAGAGGUGGAGUCUGUUCUUGUGGGCGCUGCUAUUCUGGGUGCUUGUGCCUCGGGGGAUUUCACUUCUGUGCAGGAGGCGAUGGCAAGAAUGAGCAAAGUUGGGAAAGUUGUGUUCCCAAGACGUGAGGAUAAAAAAUAUUACGACAAGAAAUAUCAAGUAUUCCUGAAGUUGGUUGAACACCAAAAGGAGUAUUCAGAGAUCAUGAAGGGGGACUGAACAGGGCUUGCAAGUCCUGGUGUCAGAAGGUUCUGUGUCAUUACAUUAGGGACCUCUGUCAUUUCAUCUUAUAUUCAAGACCCUUGAGGUAUCAUUUCAUCAUUUCUGUAUUGUCUUCUAAUAAAGAAAACAGAAACGUGUAACUAGAA